AUGGACAAUGAAUCCAUCGAAAUGGACAUUCUACAGCUGGAAGGGUUAAAUGUCAGCCCCCAGUCUUCCCUUGCUGCCCUUGUCCUACUCCUGCUCCUCUACAUCUUCAUCAUGGUGUCCAACCUCUGCUUGGUGGUGCUGAUCACCACGGAGAGGAGCCUCCACCAGCCCAUGUACCUGCUCUUCUGCAACAUGGGCAUUAACGACGCGUUCGGUGCAACGGCGGUCAUUCCUCGUGUCCUGUGGGACGUUUUUACUCCGACGACACGCCGCUACAUUCACUACUACGAGUGCGUUGUCCAGGUCUUCUGCGCGUACUUUCACGGCGGGGUUUCCCACACGGUGCUCAUAAUCAUGGCCUUUGACCGCUACAUGGCCAUCUGCAACCCACUGAGGUACAACACCAUCAUGACCAACAGGAUGGUGGUUGCGCUGUUGGCAGGGGCGUGGUCGGCGGCUUUCCUUUUGGUCGCUAUCCUCGUGUUCCUCAGCGUCCGCCUGUCGCGCUGCCGCCGCGUUGUCCUCAACCCGUUCUGUGACAACGCCUCCUUGUUCAAGCUGUCAUGUGAAAACGUCCUCAUCAACCACAUCUACGGCCUCGGCACCGCCAUGUUCACGAUGGCCGCGUCGCUGUGCGGCAUCACACUCACCUACCUGAGGAUCGCCAUUGUGUGUCUGGGCAACAGGAACAAGGUGGCACGCGGCAAAGCGCUGCGGACCUGCGCAAGCCACCUGGUCGUGUACAUCAUCCUGCUUCUGUCGGGGAACAUCAUCAUUAUUCUCCAUCGGUUCCCUCAACUGUCAGAACACAGGAAGCUGGCGUCCAUCUUCUUCCAUGUGGUUCCUCCUUCCAUGAACGCCGUUAUCUAUGGACUGCAGAUCAAACAAGUCAGAGAAAGAAUUGUCUUUGUGUUUUCCAGAACAAAAUGAUAAA